AUGGAGCGCUCGCUGCGUUCGGUGUUCGUGGGCAACAUCCCCUACGAGGCCACGGAGGAGCAGCUGAAGGCCAUCUUCUCGGAGGUGGGCAGCGUGGUGAGCUUCCGGCUCGUGUGCGACCGCGAGACGGGCCAGCCCAAGGGCUACGGCUUCUGCGAGUACCGCGACGCGGCCACGGCGCUGAGCGCCAUGCGCAACCUGAAUGGGCGCGAGUGCAGUGGCCGCGCGCUGCGGGUGGACAAUGUGGCCAGCGAGAGGACCCGGGACGAGCCGCCGCCACGGAGGGUCCCGGCGCCCCCGGCACCCGCCGCUGCCACCGCCACCGCCACCGUUGCUGCCCUCGACUCUCCUUACGGACCCGCGGUGGACCCUGAGGACGCCCCCGAGUCCAUCGCCCGGGCCGUGGCCAGCCUGCCCCCCGAGCAGAUGAUCGAGCUGAUGCUGCAGAUGAAGCUGUGCGUGCAGAACAACCGCGCCGAGACGCGGAGCCUGCUGCUGCAGAACCCGCAGCUGGCCUACGCGCUGCUGCAGGCGCAGGUGGUCAUGGGCCUCAUGGAGCCCGGCCUGGCGCUCAGCAUCCUGCACCGCAGGACCCGCGUCGUCCCGCCGCUGCUCCUGGGCAAAGCCCAGAGCGCCGCCUCCACCAAUGCCGGAGUCGCUGCUGCCGGACCCGGACCGGAGCCUGCACCGGGCCAUGGCCCCAAGGUUCUGCCGAGCCAGCAGAAGCCUCAGCGGCAGCCUUCUUCGGCCAGGCGGCCUGCAAAAGACAUUCCGCCGCCCCUGAGGCAGACCCCGAAGAAGGGUGGCAUUCCCGCGCCCGGGGGGCCAAUACCGACCGCUGCCUCCAGUCCCGGGGGGCCAAUACUGACCGCUGCCCCGGGACCCGGGCCGGGCCCCCUAUCUCCCAGCAGGGCGAUGCAGCCCCAAGUUGGGUUGCCCGGGGUUAGGCCGGUGCCUUUGGAGCAGGGUGAGGUGCAGAUGGCAGAUCCUCGAGCUCACGGACCGCGUGCACCGCGGAGUGCCGGUGGCCUCUCUCCGCAAGGACUCUUAGGAGAUGCACCAAAUGACCCUCGUGGAGGGACUUUGCUUUCGGUCACCGGAGAAGGAGAGCCCAGAGGCCGCCUGGGCCCAACCCAUCAGGGGCCCCCCAAGCACCUCGCCUCUGGCCAUGAAGGCCGUGGCCCCUCCAGACGUGAGGUGAGAGGUGGGCCGCAGGCAGAGCCCAGAGUGCUUCUCAGAGAGCCCCGAGGACCCAUGCGCGAUCCAAGAGUGAAUGGCAGAGCUGGCAGAGAGGCCCGAGGUCUGGAGGCUCAAGCUAUGGAGACGGAGGCCUCGGAGACCUGCGUGUCGGAGAGAAGAGGGAUGGAGGCCAGCGCGGUGGAAACCAGAGGAAUGGAAGCGAGAGGAACGCAUGUGAGAGGAGCGAUGAUAAGGGGCCAUCGCUCUAGUUCGAGAAGCCCCAUGACUGGUGCAGUUCCGGGCUGUGGACCCGUUAGUACGGGGGCCGGUGGUCCUCAGGGAUCCAGGAAGGUCCCAGUUAUCUCCGGGUUGGGAAAUUCUGGAGCUGCCAAGCAGGGAGUGGGCCUGAAGGGAGUGGGCGUGCAGGAAGGAGGAAUGCAGGGGGCAGGCAAGCAGGAAGGAGGAAUGCAGGGGGCAGGCAAGCAGGGAGGAGGUAUGCAGGGGACAGGCUUGCAGGGAGGAGGAAUGCAGGGGGUAGGUAUGCAGAAAGGAGGAAUGCAGAGGGUAGGUGUGCAGGGAGGAAGUAUGCAGAAGGCAGGUGUGCAGGGAGUAGGAAUGCAGGGGCCAGGUGUGCAGGGAGCCGGUAGAAAAGGUGGAGCUAGUAAGCAAGAUAGAGGCCAGCCUAGCAGUUUUAGCUCCGGGCUGAGCCAGGUAACUCCACAGGAUCGAAAAAAGGCAGCUUUGAUCAUGCAAGUGCUCCAGCUAACUGCAGAUCAGAUUGCCACACUGCCUCCGGAGCAAAGGCAGAUUAUCCUGAUUUUAAAGGAGCAAAUCCAGAAGUUCGCUGGAGCUUCUUGA